AUGCCAAAGUUUCCCCUGAAAAGAAAGAAACCCAGCUUCGCAAACACCAACAUAAAAUGCUACCUCUACCGAAGCGGCACAAAAAAUAGGGACAGAAAUACAUACGUGGUGGAUAAAAAGAAAAAGGUGGAAGAGAGGGUUAAACUGACGACGAACACCAAGUACAACGAAAUAGUUUCCCUCUUCAGAGGCAGAAAUGAAGACAGCGCAGCAAUGAACAAAAGCAAAAACACCCAUUACUAUAAUUUUGCAAAAGCAGAUGUUUUAACCCUUGCUAGGAGAGACAUAGAACGUCUGAAAAAAAACAAAUUUAAGUUUCUUCCCCUAGGAGGGAACAGAAGACAUCACAUUAAAAAAUUUUUCACUGAGUGCAUUUUUGCUAACAAUGUUAAGCAUUUGAUGGGUACAGCCAAGAGACACAUCCACAGAGCGAGUCUCUAUCACAUUUUUCUUCUUCUUAAGUUAAGUGUUGAUUUUAAGAAUUGUGAAUUUUUCAAGCUGAAUGCGUUAGAGGCUUUCACGAACAAGGUGGAGUUGCUCGGGCGGCGCCAAAAAAAUGGACAUUUGGGGAGGGACGACAGGUCAGUGAUUCUCACCUACCAACGUAUUGUCGACGACGCGUUCUUUGCUAAUGUAGAUGGGGCCGCGGAGAAGCCCCCCGCCCAGGGCGUCUACUUGUUCGACGUGGUCAGUUUUGUGAAUGACAGCGUCCAGGCGAGAGCAACAGAGGCACCCCCCCCCAGUAAUGGCGUCGCAGCAGAUGCGUCCACCCCCCCUAGUAAUGGCAUCCAGCCAGGGGCAUCCCGCCCGCACAGUAAUGACAUCGCAGAAGUGAGAUCCCCCCCCGACCGGAGCAAACCCCCUUGUGCGGACAGAAGGCACCCGCAGAGGCCCGGAAACUGGGCGCACCAGGGGGGGAAAAGCGACCCGAGGAAAUGGCGCGGUGGACACAGGGCAAGGAAGGAGGAAAACGAAAACCACGUAACACCAAGGGACGAAAUAUACAAAGACGAAAUUAAAUACUUUUCUUACAAUCACAGGACAAACCAUUUGGGAGUCUACAAGGAAAUUUUUGAAAAGUCUGACCAGUACAAAUGUUUAAAAUUUUACGAAAAUGAAAAAAAAAAAUUUGCAGCGCGGGGGAAGGACAGCUCCCCACAAGAGCUGCUAAACAAUAAGCUGAAAAGCAGCCUGCUUAACCACUCCAAUGUUGACGAUAGCAACGUUGAAGACGCGUGCCAGUCGGGAAAGGUCCCCCCGCGGAACGCCUUAAGUCGAUACACACUGAAGGAGUCCGUACUGAACGCGUUCCUCUGUGUGUGUGCAAAUAAUUACGACGACAGGAUGUACAAAUAUAUGAAGGCUGUGUACUUCACCAAUUUUUAUGUCUACAAUCCUCUAUUCCUGUUUCAGUACUUCAGCCACAUCCCAGCAAGCGAAAAUAAAUUCUUCGAAUUGUACUUAACUGAAUUUCUCAAAUUUUUAAACAACAUCAUUGUGCAUUUUCACUUUUAUUUAAUCCCCUUUUUUACCAAUUUGAAUUACUCUACCUUUUUUCUGAACUUUUUUAAAAAAAAAAUGUUACACUAUGAUGAAGGGGCAGGGGAAAGGCGUGUGCACAUAUAUAGAAGAUCAAGUAACCAUCAACUCCUGAAGGAAAAAAUUUCCUACACUUACAAAAAUUAUCAGAGUAGAGAGAAAAAUGUGGCCUUCAUUUUGUUUCUUUUUUAUGAAAUUUUUCGAUCGGACAGCCUCAUGGAAAAAUAUCGGCAAAUUUAUUUGGACAAUUUUUACCUGUACAGUUCAGAAAAGCAGGAAAAUAAACAUCCCCCUCUCAGCAUUUUUUUUAACUUUUUGAAUUAUCGAAGCGUUUUUAACAAAUAUGAAGAUGAGUUGAAGGGGGUGCAGAUUGAGAGGAGGCAGUUUUAUAAACCGCUUGUGGCGGUUACGAAGAGGAUAAGGGAACACAUCUCCGUAAGUGCUCCCAAGAAUCGGGAGGAAGAAGCUACACCCCCCCCGCAGGGAGACACACUCGAGGGAGUAGCUUCAGUUCGUAGUGACCGGUUAACCCUAUUAGGCCGUCGUGAUUCCCCACGCGGGAAGUUGUCGUCUAAUUUUGCGUUGAAGAGGCGGGAAUUCCUCCGUGGCAUGCAGAGGGCCCACCAGGAGUUCGCCGCCUCGCUGGGGGGAAUAAGUGGCAGGGAAAAUUUUGACCAAAUUGGCCACGUUCGCGGCGAUGACUCAAAUGGGACGAAUGGAUCGAGUGGACAGAGCACCCCUCGUCAAAUCCUCCAAUUCCACGACGCCAAAUUGAAGUACAGCAUUAUUUCAGUCCGCAAGAGGGAAGUCUUCAAUAUGAUUCUCCUUCUAAACAAACACAAUUUCACGCAAUGCGGAAAUUAUUUAAACAAAUUUUGCUUUUUUCUCUUAAACGAAUUUUGCGAGAAGGAUAUAGUAACCCUCUUUACUAACCAUUUGAAGUACAACGGGAACGACCACGAUCUUUUGUUUCUUAAUAAAAUUAUUAACAUUUUGAUUUACAAGAAAAAAAAUAUUUCUCUGAGUAACAACAUUAUCAUCUGUAACAGCUUAGCCAAGUACCAGCUGUUUAACAAUAAUUUUUUUUCCCUGGACAAAAGUAAUUUUUUCGAUGAAGUGAAUGACGCGAACAUUCACUCUCUCGUUGCGUUGCUGUACUCCUGGGGGAAACUCAAGGUGAGAAAUAUCGACCCCCUUUUUUACCAGAGGGUCAUUACAGAAAUUAUUAAAAAGAUUGAUAAGAUUAAUGAGUACGGCUUGUCCUGCUUGCUCUACGGGCUCAACAACCUCAUAGAUAGGAGGAAGGUGUCCAUAGUGCCAGGUCCACCUGGAAGUGCCCAACAGGGAAACCACGUCGAACGAGACCACCACAUCGAACGAGAUAAUCACGUCGAACGAGAACACCACAUCGCACGAGACAACCGAGCAGGCAUGCCCCACCAGAGCGACGCCCAAACUGUACCCCUUGAAAACGAACUCAUAAGAGCAAUAGUAAACAAACUAAUCGUCUUCAAAAAUAUGAACAUAAAUUCCUUCUGCAUAUCAAUUUCGUGCCUGUCCAAGAUAAAUAUUUUUCCCACAGAAUUAUAUGAAGAGGUCAGAACGGUCACGUAUAAAUACAUGCACAGCGUGAAUGUGACCUCACUGCAGCACCUCCUUUUAGCCCUCUCGAAAUUCUACAUUAAAAAUAAACGAAGUCAGAGCACCGAUGAGCUCAUAUUUGACAUUUUCAAUUUUCUCUUCACUUAUAAAUAUAAUGAUAUAUCUUUUAAGUGUGCGUGUAAAUUUUUACACAUUUUGAGCUUACUCAAUUUGCGGGAUGAAGAUUUCAUCUUGCUUCUUCUGCUGGUCAUUUCGAAUGAGCAGAAGCUUUUGGCUGGUGCCCACGGGGGAAGGAACGUUUCUUAUGUGGAGGAACAUUCCCCUAAGGGGGAGAUCCCAAAGGGUGUCGCAAUGAACAGGCCCCACUCGGCCAACCUCAACACGCGCAGCUCGUUUAGCGGCGUUGAUACACCUGUUAGUGGCGGAACCCAGCUUGGUUAUCGGCCCUAUGGAGCAACAAACACCCACCAAACGAAGGAACCACCCCCCCUGAAUAGCCACCCCGCGGCGAAGCGAACAAACCAGAGUUGCAAGUACAAGGGCUCCCUAUUCAUCAAAGGGCUAAGUGCACUGAAGGAGGACGAUUAUUUUAAGAGUUCCCAUAGCGCGUACCCAUUUUUUGACGUCAAAAAUUACAAGUUCGACUUAAACAAGGUUUUGUUAAUUUUUAAAAAUGCCGAUAGUAGCUACCUGGUCAACGUGUUGGAAAGUUUGUACAGCCUGUCCUACUACUCCUACUUUUCAAUUCACCUGACUGUGGUCAUAAAAAAUAUUAUGAUAAAGCAAAUACACGACUUGAAGGUGUCCAGCAUAAUGGCUCUGCUUUUUUCUUACGUGGAUUUACACUUCUUUGACCACUCCCUGUAUGACUUAGAAUUGAGUUUAUUUUUAAAUGAAGACAGUGGUGGUGGCACUGUGCCCAUGGAGGAGGGAGCCCAAUGGACUGAUGAGCAGACUUUACUAUUGGAACAUCCUGUGGCGGACGCGAUUGAGAAGGACGCCUCAGAAGGGGUAGAAGAAAAUGAAAAACUCAUUCGUUCAAAUAGGAAUCAACGCGCUCCUAAUGACGAAGCCGCCACCGAUGCACUGAGAGAACAGCUACAUAGCCUAUACAACCACAUGCUUUGUAACUUCAAAAUCAUGAACGAGCAGGAACGGAUGCUCUACAUCGAGAAGCUUAAAUUGGUCAUGUGUGAAAUGAAGAAGAAGAGAAAAUACUUUGUACACAAUAUCUACAAUGAGAACAAUACGCCAAGUGUGGAAUAUAUACUGUCCAUGAUUCACGACUAUGACGAGAUGGGCAAGGAAAACUACCCAAUGCCAAACGGGGGAAGACUCCUCUCUCAGGUGAGAAGUGGCCAACGUGCGGGCAGCAAUCCGGAUAUGGAUGCGCGAAGCUAUAGGGACAACGGCCCCCUCUCGACGCGCAAAAAAUACGGCGAACUGGACAACUCGCUCAAGGAGAAACACUUCGAACAGAUCAAAAAUAUCGUAGACCAAUUCAGCUCGGUGAAGAAGUUACACAUGAAGGAUAAAACGCUAAAGGAAAAAUUACAAAAAAAAGAAUACUACGAUGAUUUCUUCUUUUUAAAAUAUAGAGAAUACUACAAAGAAGACCUCAUCAAUUUAUGUCUUGAAACGAUGCUAAAAAAUGUGACUUACAUUUUGAACAAUUAUAAGCAGUACAAAAACUGUAGCAUUUUUUUCCUCCUCCUCUUUUGCGACAUUUUCCUUCCGUACACCACGAGCGACAUUUUUUUCUAUUUCAAGCGCAUUCAGAGGAGUUACGAUGGGGAGGAUAGCAAUCACAACAGAAAUGGAAAUGAUAACAAAUGGCAAGAAAAGUUCGAGCAUAUUUUGGAAAACAUAGAGCUAUCAAACUUUACCGCAGACACGAUAAGAAACGUUAUUAACGCGAAGAAUGCCUCCCAUAUGGUCAUCCCUUAUUUGGACAUAUUACAACACAACAAUAACUUCCUCAACAAAGCCGUAUGUGCGAAUGGUAAGAGUGACGACGGGGCGCACUGUGUAGAGGACUUUCAGCAUGUUAGCGGAAAGCGAGAUAACCAUCCGGAGGGUGAAACCCACAAACAGCAUGGGGCGUGUGGAGACACCUCAAAGGAGUACCAACAAUUCAUAAACUCGUAUGACUCCACUUAUAAGCCAAAAAAGAUCAAGUUUGAAAAUAUCGUGCCCUUAAAUUUAUUGUACAAAUUUUUCCAAUUAGUCAACUUUAACAUAAAUAAUGUGCAACUGAUUUACCUCCUGAACGAAGUCAUUAAAGAAAAUGAGUCAAACGAGCUAGUCGGAAAUGACAACACAAUGCAGUUUAGCAAAAAUGAAAUUUCGCCUGACCAGUUCAGAAAAGUUUGCUACCCCCUCAUUCAAAUACGAAAUAAAACCUUAAUUGUUUAUAAAAAUUCGAAAAAAGUUUUUUUUAAAAAUUUCAACAUUAUAGAUCAUUACUUUAAGCCAUCAAGAGGUAUGCUUAUACAAAUAUUGGACAAUGGCAUUCAUAAAGCAGUUUCGAUUUAUGUGGAUGUGUACAUUGUUGCCUAUAAGGUGGAUAUCCUGAUUGAGCGACACGCGGUGUUGCGUCAGUAG